AUGGAAUUCAAGAACUAUUGCAUGCCCUAUGUAUGCAAAGACGUGGAUUUGAUUGAUGGAAGACUAGUUUACAUAGAUGAUAAUUCAAGAAUCAUUGAUGAUCAUGUCAAAGAAAGAAUGCAUGCUUUCAAGUCACUGGCUAGGGCAUUCCUAGGGUCUGCAUCAAUGCAGGACUCACUGAACAAUUUGUUUGUUUCAAUAAACGGGAUUGAAAGAGAGCCCAUUACUAUAAAGUCACUCACCAAAGUGUGCAACUUUCUAAACAUUUCUGCACAACAAAGGAAGUUGGUGCGUCUCACGGUAUGCCCACAGGUCACACAACACCGGGUAUGGACAGGAGCACUAGAGGAAAUACUAAAGGGCUUGAAAUCUGAUAUGGAGUCUUUGACUCAUCAGUUGUUCAGCCAAGGUACCCAGAUGGGUCACCAAAUAGUCUCUAGCUGUCUAAAGUUUUUGGAUGGCAAAGCCAUUUCCUAUGACCCUGACUCCACUUCGUGGAUGCGCCUUGCACCUGCAAAAAUAGUUGAUUCCCCUGCUAAUAAAUGUGAAGAAGUUCUUGAUAUGUUUAAUGAUCUCAUCAAAUCUUUAAGAAAUGAAGAAGAGUUACAGUUUCAUGUGUCAAAGCUUGAGGUCAUGAAAGAAGGGCUUGCUCAGAUCAAGGAUGUGUUAAUAGAUAGAAAUAUUGGAUACAAGGAGGCUCGACAUCAAGAGAGCCUAGUGCAAAAGAAGCUUUCCAAGACAUUAGGUCAUUCAUCCAGAUGUUUGUUCACACUUCUGCAAUAUUACCUCUGUGGCAGUAUUACAGAUAUUGAAGUAGAAAUAUGUGGCGGGGUUUAUAGGGUAGGGAUGGAUAGGUAUUGCUUGUGCAUGGGAAGGAUUUUAACUUCUAACCAGGAGAAGAUGGUUUUGAGUGGGGUUAAGCAGUUGGACAGGGCUCUAGGGCUUUUCAAGUUUAUAUGGGAGACAGCAAGGAUGAAAGGAGUUUUAGAGCUGCAAGGCCAUUUAUGGUGCGUUGGUGCGGAGAAGAAGACAAUUGCAUAUAAAGGAAAUAAGUUUUUUGUACAUGCAAUUACUCUCUGUUCAAAGGACUGCAGGAUGGAGUUCGAAGAGCAUUUUACUAGUAGACAAUGGAUGAUGAUCACUGAAAGCUAG